UUUUUCAGUUCUGGAAAAGAAAAAGGAAAAAAAGAAAGGAUCUUUGAGAAGCUAUUAUCACUUGAGAACCAGUCCUCCUCUCUAAACCCAAAAGAGGGCAAUCCCCAUUAUCACAAAUAGACGUGCUUUUCGAUUCGACCCGCAGUUUCUCUCUCGGAAUCUGUACAAUACCCUGUCUGUCUUUACUCGUACGACUCUUCCUUCUCAAUUCCGACUCGACCCAGUUCAUUCUUGGAGAAAUUACCGGGCUUUUAUUUCUCUCGGAAUCCGCCUUCAUAUUAAUCAGUCCUCUGAGAAAAUGCCAAGUGGUCUGCGAUCGAGAAAUUGCCGGCGAUUUAACGAAAUCUCUUUGCCCAGUGUUGCUCAAGUCUGACGGUAGCCGAUGUGGUGUUGUUUCCACACAAAUGAGGUUGUUUUGGACCAAAUUUCGGCUCGCCGCUUUCGUUUCGCAGAUCUUACUGAUUUUGUUGCUGGAGGUGUUCUGUUCAGAAGGGAAAGAAUACAACAAUCCAUGGGUAGAUUCAGAAAAGGGAAGGGAUAACAACAUCAUAUCACAUUCUUGUAUUCAUGAUAAGAUACUUGAACAAAGAAGACGGCCAGGCAGCAAAAUCUACUCGGUUACAUCCCAGGUUUAUGAACCGCCUGCUGUCCCUGAUUCUCUUCACGUCAAGGGAAGGGCUUUGCUCGGGAUGUCAAAUGUUGUCCAGGAUAAACAAGUUAAACAACCUAUUAGGAUUUAUUUGAAUUACGAUGCUGUUGGCCACUCAACCGAUAGGGAUUGCAUAAACGUUGGCAGUAUAGUGAAGCUUGGGGAGCCUGCAAAUUCUAAUCAUCAUCAUAUGCCCUUUUGUAAUCCUCGUGGAAAUCCACCUGUUUUUGGAGAUUGCUUCUAUAAUUGCACCUCGGAGGAUAUAUCGGGUGAAGACAAAAGACAUCGCCUUAGAAUGGCUUUGGGGCAGACAGCGGAUUGGUUCAAGAAGGCGUUAGCUGUUGAGCCUGUGAAAGGGAAUUUAAGGUUGAGUGGAUAUUCUGCUUGUGGACAAGAUGGAGGCGUACAACUUCCGAGGGAAUAUGUUGACGAUGGUGUUCCUGAUGCAGACUUAGUUCUUUUGGUAACAACAAGGCCUACAACAGGCAACACUCUAGCAUGGGCAGUAGCAUGCGAAAGGGAUCAAUGGGGUCGUGCUGUUGCCGGACAUGUGAAUGUUGCUCCUCGCCACUUAACUGCUGAAGCAGAAACAUUGCUUUCGGCUACGCUUAUACACGAGGUUAUGCAUGUUCUUGGUUUUGAUCCUCACGCAUUUGCUCAUUUUAGAGAUGAGAGGAAGAGAAGGCGAAGCCGGGUUACUGAACAAGUGACCGACGAAAAACUUGGACGUAUGGUUACACGGGUUGUGCUUCCUCGUGUUGUGAUGCAUUCACGCCAUCAUUAUGGGGCAUUCUCAGAUAAUUUUACUGGUUUAGAGUUAGAAGAUGGUGGAGGCCGUGGCACGUCAGGCUCUCAUUGGGAGAAGAGGCUUCUGAUGAAUGAAAUCAUGACGGGUUCAGUCGAUACAAGAUCAGUAGUAUCUAAAAUGACACUUGCCUUGUUAGAAGAUAGUGGAUGGUAUCAGGCUAAUUAUAGCAUGGCUGAUCGACUUGAUUGGGGACGUAAUCAAGGAACAGAGUUCGUUUCCUCUCCUUGUAACCUAUGGAAGGGAGCCUAUCAUUGUAACUCUACACAGGUUUCUGGUUGUACUUAUAAUAGGGAAGCCGAAGGCUAUUGCCCUAUUGUGACUUACAAUGGAGAUCUUCCACAAUGGGCUCGCUAUUUUUCGCAGGCAAACAAAGGUGGGCAAUCGUCGCUAGCUGAUUACUGCACUUAUUAUGUAGCUUAUUCUGAUGGAUCGUGUACAGACACAAACAGUGCUCGAUCGCCCGACAGAAUGUUGGGUGAGGUUCGAGGAAGUAAGUCGAGGUGUAUGGCUUCAUCGCUUGUACGUACAGGCUUUGUACGGGGUUCGACAACUCAAGGAAAUGGUUGUUAUCAGCAUCGAUGCCUAAACAACUCAUUAGAGGUUGCUGUUGAUGGUAUAUGGAAAGUAUGCCCUGAAGCCGGAGGCCCAAUUCAGUUUCCUGGUUUUAAUGGGCAGCUGGUUUGCCCGCUUUUUCAUGAACUAUGCAGCACAGAACUUGUUCCGGUGUCUAGACAGUGUCCAAACUUUUGUAACUACAAUGGAGAUUGUAUUAAUGGGAGAUGUAAUUGCUUUAUCGGUUUCCAUGGCAACAACUGUGGUAAAAGAUUAUGCCCCAAAAAAUGUAAUGGCCAUGGCGAGUGUCUAGAUAAUGGUAUUUGCCAAUGCCGAAUUGGGUAUACUGGCAUCGACUGCUCUACCGCUGUAUGCGAUGAACAAUGUAGCCUUCAUGGAGGAGUAUGUGAUAACGGAGUAUGUGAAUUCCGUUGUUCAGAUUAUGCUGGUUAUACAUGCCAGAAUAGCUCGAGCCUGACUCCGAGCCUCAAGUUUUGCAAAGAAGUGCUGAAGAACGAUGGACCGGGCCAACAUUGUGCCCCUAGUGAGUUGAGCAUAUUGCAGCAGCUAGAAGAGGUUGUGGUGAACCCAAAUUACAACCGAUUAUUACCAGGUGUCAUUCCCGGGAAAUGGUGGAGAAUCGUCAAGCCUCGGGAUGGCCAUUGUAAAGCAGCUGCUCAGCAACUAGCCUGUUGGAUAUCAAUCCAGAAGUGCGAAAGAGAUGGUGACAACAGGCUUCGCGUGUGUAAUUCAGCUUGUCGGUUAUACAACUUGGCAUGUUCAGCUUCGCUUGACUGCUCGGACCAGACCCUGUUCAGCAACGAGAAAGGAGACGGAGAAGGGCAAUGUACAGGGUCUGGCAUGAUCGAGUUGCCAUGGUAUUCCAAGUUAAGGUUGAAGUUCUUGAUAUUAUGAUUCCUUAAGAAAGUGGGGAUUUCUGUAAAUUAUAGGCAGUUUUUUUUUUAUUGGCCUUCUUUGGGGUUGGUUGUAGUGUUGUUAUGUCUUUUUUUGGGGGGGGGGGGGGGGGGGUUAAGAGAAGAUAGGUCUUAAUUUGAUUUUAGAAAAAUGGCAUGAUUUGCAAAGUGUCAAUGUAGAGUUUUGCCUAUCCCCACCCAAAGAAGGGGAUUUUGGCUUUCCUUGUAGAGAAAUUGCAAUUGUAGUAUGGAGGAAAAGAAAAAAGAAAGAAAAACUAAGCAAAAAAUUGUUGAAAAUCGUAACUAAUUUGAAAUGUAUUUCGGAAUGUUUAUUAUUAUUAUUAUUAUUUAUUUCGGCCGAAGGUCAAAUGAAAUGUCCUAUUUUGCACUGA